UCCGUUCAUAAGCGCUGUGUCUGCAUCUCCUGUCACAUAUUCUGUGUAUUAGUUGUAGGGUGGGGCAAGUUUAAUUAGUCAGAUUUUUCGAAAGAUUAGAAUUUUACUGGUAAAAUGGAGGAAGAGAAGAAUGUUAGUAAUGAAGUUAAAGAAGAUACCAAAAAUGAUACUGAUUCCAAGGCUAAAGCAGAAAAUGACCAAGAUGGUAUUGAAGUAGCUGAAGAAUCCGCACCGGUGAAAGAAAUGAAAUGUGUAUUACUGUCAAGUUUUGGUGGCUUAAAAGCUAUUAAAAUUCAGACCAAACCUGAGCCUACUGCUGCUGAAGGAGAAGUCCUUAUUCGAGUGAAAGCAUGUGGUCUUAAUUUCUUGGAUGUGAUGUUGCGUCAAGGAGCCAUUGAUAACCCACCAAAGCUGCCUGUUAUUAUGGGAUUUGAAUGUGCUGGUGAAAUUGUAGCUGUUGGAGAAGGGGUGCCCGAUUUUCAAAUUGGAGAUCAUGUUGCUGCUUUAACAGACUGUAAGGCAUGGGCAGAACUUGCAGCUGUUCCUACUAAAUAUGUCUAUAAGUUACCUCAAGAAAUGAGCUUUCAAGAUGCAGCAGCUCUAUUAAUGAACUUUGUCGUUGCUUAUGGCCUGGUGUUCGAUACUGCUUGUGUGCGUCAGGGACAGACUGUUUUAAUACAUUCAGCUGGAGGUGGAGUUGGUUUAGCUGUUGCUCAGCUAAUGAAAACCAUUCCAAAUGUAACCCUGAUUGGCACUGCAUCCAAACAUAAACACGAGGCUAUCGAGGAUCAUUUUAGUCACUUGAUUGAACAUGGUGUUGAUUAUGUUCAAGAAGUAAAAAAAAUAGCUCCAGGUGGUGUAGACGUUGUCCUUGAUUGUUUGUGUGGUGAAGAUGCAAAUAAAGGAUACAAUCUGCUAAAGCCCAUGGGCCGUUACAUAUUGUAUGGUAAUUCUAAUAUAGUUACUGGUGAAACAAAAAGCAUCUUCAGUGUUGCAAAAUCAUGGUGGCAAGUUGACAAAUUAAAGCCUAUGAAACUUUUUGAUGAAAACAAGUCAGUGUCUGGUUUUCAUCUGAGACAUUUGCUUUACAAACAGAAUGGUCAUGAUUACGUCAGAAAUGUAGUUGAGAAAGUUUUUAAACUUUGGCUGGAUGGACAAAUAAAACCAAUUAUUGAUUCCACUUACGCUUUUGAGGAUAUACCGGAAGCAAUGCAAAAGUUGCACGAGAGGAAUAAUAUCGGCAAGGUUACUAUUGAUCCAGCCAUGGAGCCUAAGCCUAAACCUGUGGUUGAAAGCAAAAAAGGAAAAGAAAGGAAAGAUUCGGUGAAAACUGAAAAGAAAACUGAGGAAGAAAAAUCACAAAAGACUGACGAUAAGGACACUCCUGCUGAUGCCAGUUAAUUUUGUCAUCUAAAGUUUCACCUUUCUCUAUCCAACUGUGUCAAUAAAACAUGAAGCUUGUAUGUGCUGUGCAUGUUGCAGGAAAUGGUGUUUAGCCCCCCCCCCUUGUGCUGUGUGUGUUAUAAAACACUUUGCUCAAUUAUGCAUUUCUUAGUUUUACAUUUGCAGAUCUUUUUUUCAAAAUCUGCUCAGUAGUUAAAUUUAUACAAAAUGAUCUACUUUUAUACAGUAUUUUAUUGAAUAAUUGCAUUACUCAAUUUUUUUAUGAAUUUUUUUUUUUUUCGAAUUUUACUAACGCAAUUACACGGAUUUUGGAAAUAUUUCUAUAUUGACUAUUUUAAAUGUUUUUAUACAUUUUCAUUUGUGAAUAUGAACAAGCUAAUGUGGAAUAUAACUUCUAUAUUGCUGCUAUACAUCAUUGAAAAUUACACUGAAAGACCCAAAUUUUAAAUUAAUUACACCCAAACAAAAUUUGGUUAGAGAAUCAAUUAAUAAUUUUGAUCCAAGACUCCACUAUAUAGUGAAGCAUUAAAUAUCCUAAUCUUACUUCAUUGCUGUGUAAAUCUCAAACUGAACAGUUGAUUUAUAAAAGUGAUUUUUGAGAAAUUUGAAAAACUUGCAAAAUUAGAAUGUUAAUCAGUUGUUUAAUAAUAUUCAAAUGAGAUUUAUUCCUUUAUUGCGUAGUUACAUAAAUUCCAAAAUCAAAAAUUUGGGUAUAUGUUUGUAUAUAGCAUAAUAAGAAAUCCUUUUGAUGCCAAAAGAGGAAUUUUGUAAAACUUAAUAAGAUAUAAUUCUAAAUUUAAUAAUAGCAUGCAGUGAAGAAUUAAAUUUAUUAGUCACAAUUAAAAAUUCAGUAUAAAAUUUAGCAUGCAAUACAGGACAAAAUACAGGCAUAUGUUCGUAUCUUAAUAACUAUUAGUUCAGAUGUAUGUACUGUAUCUUAAAUGAUUAUGUAAUCUAGUUUUAAAAAUGCAUAUUGUAAAGAUUGCCAUUUAUUUUUCACUUGAAUGAUUUACGUUGAUUUUUAGCCCAUUAUAUUUUUGCUAAAUGUUAAAAAUUCUUCAGAUCAUCAUACAAAAUCUUUUCUAUAUUCAUGGAAACUAUUUUUGCUAUUGUGAUUAUAAUUUUUUAAUCAACAUUUGUUUUACUUAUUUUUAUAAUCAUAUUGUGAAUAUAGCAUUCCAGAUAUGCUUUUUUGUGUUUACAGUUUUUUACAAUGCUGUGAAAAAAAUUGUAUACUGAUCUUCAUUUUUUACCAUUAUAUACAUUUUACACUGUAACUUUCGUAGAACAAGUUUGUCAUAUUUUAUAGUCAAAAUCAUUUAGUCUUGUGAUAUUUUGAAGUUCCUUUUUUAUUCUCAACACCCGUGCUCAACAUUAACUGCAUUAUUUUGUAAUUAGUUUUUCUACCUCAUGUUUUAAAUAUGCCAUUAUGUGCUUAUAUAUCAUGUCACUUUACUAUAUUAUUGCAGCUUCUUUUUUUUCUCCUAGUACAGUCUCAUGUUUCUGUUUUUGUAUUUUUAUUUUAUUAGUCAUAUACUGCUUUCAUUGUAAUUCAUGCAGAAUUUGUACUUGUUGUGCCUUGUCACUUUUUCAUGUGAAUGAAUGAAAUUUGCAUUGUAACAAUAAAAUUAUUCUACUUUAUUGUUAAUAUAUCAUCUAUAUAAACUUCACUUCCACAACACUGAACAGUGCCACCACAUCUGUAAGAGACCUUUUUGCUAAGUCAUAUUUUGUGCAUAUCCUGUAUAAAAUGUAAAUAUCAAAAUGAAAUGAAUUUCAAGAAAUGUUCAUUUAUUUUGUAUAAAAGAUUAAACCUUAAAAACAGACCAUUUAAGAAAAGUUAAAUUAUCAUAACCAAUACAGUAUUUCAUUUGGGGAUUUGUUGUUUAUGUUACAUAUUUAUCCCUUUAAUUUUAGUAGAAUGAAUGAAAUUCCCUUAUAUGUAACAUACUGUAUUGAUACUGCUUAUAAAUUAUUUUUUUAUUUUUAUUCAUUUUAAUGCUGAAUUUUUUUUUCCCAUGUAAAGUUAAAAUGUGCACUUUUAGGAAGUGUCUGAAAAUGUAUGUUGUUUUUUAUAAUUAUUUCUCAAAAUGUUUAUAAAAAGCUUUAAAUUACGUAGCUUUAGGUCAAUGAAAGAAAAGUAAUACUUUUUCACUAUCUCAGCAUUUUUUGCUUGUAACUAAAAAUAGUGGGACUGGUAACAAUGACUCAUUUUAAGUCAGUAUUGUCAGAAAUUUAAGCGAUUCCAAUGUAAUCAUUCCUUGUAUGUGUCAUUUUUCUGUUAUCACUUCUAUUUCAUAAAAUUCUUCUAAUGUCUAAAUA